AUGUCCUCGCUCUCUCAGUACGCUUCUCGCUUUCUCUCCUCUCGACUCGCCACAAACGGUCGGCCAGGUGUGGAUGCGGAUCAGGACGCCAGUGAUCCCAGCGAUCCACUCUUCUACAGCCACGCUUCCGUUUCAGGCGCGCCAUUCUCGCAUCCAAACAACCGCCACAAUCCAUACGGUCCAGAAUACAGCUUGUCAAGCUCUGAUGGUCUCCCGACUCCACCAGCACAUGGCAAACCUGCAACACAGAGCCGCAUCCUCCAUAGCCUCACAGGUGCCAGUCGAUUUGGUCCUGCCUCAUUCCUUGCAUCCGGUCGAGGUAGGCCUGCAGGAGCACAAGCCUACGCGCUGCCUGACUCUCUCAUUCGCGAGAUAGACGACGAGGACGACGUCGAUCUUUGGCUAGACGACCGUCGCAUGCCCGGCUUAGCCUCGCGUCUAGCAGCAAGCUCGCGAUCUGAGGACCUCGCUGACAGCUUCCACCCUUCCCCCAACGCUCUAGCACUUCAAGCAAAGCCUUUGACACCACGACAGAAGGUAGCAUUUCCUCCGGCAGCAGCCUCUUCAGUCGCAGCGUCCUCAGCUUCUCACAGCACGGCGAAUGUACCAACCCGAUCAGCCGCCAACGACACUCAGGAUCCCUUCCUUGCUGAUGGGGACCUCGAUGACGGUGCGAGCCAGAACAGCCUUGCCAGCAACAAAGAUCUACGAACUUCCCAUGAUCGCUCCGUCACUGCUUCAACAGCCGAGGCACAUCCAUACCCGCCUGCAGAAGCCUCCAACACACAAACAGCAGCUCAGCAUCAACGACAGGCAGCAGCAAGAGCACGAGGCUGGCUAGCACACGGUUCCACCAUCGAGGUCGAGCCCUCUGGUCGUCGAAACCUUGCGCAUCAUCCCUCCUCGUCCAGCAUCUACUCCAAUACCGCUCAACCACCAUACCGAAGCCAGCUCGCCGACUCCUCCAUCUAUGCCCAGUCGUCCAGAACCAACAAGGCACGCGGCAAACCAUCCCGCUCGAACCGCACACGCAGUGAAGGUCUCUUUAGCAUCUACGAUGAGCGUGAGGAGGAUGACGACCCAGACAAUCCUUCUGACCUCUCCCGAUCUCGAUCUGGCUCCAUCUCGGCUUCUUCCGUCACCGACUCUGACUACGACACGGAGGGUGAGGGCCAUCGCGCCCAACCAAGCCGCCACAUGUCUCGCAAUCGUGCACGUCAGAUGUCAUCUACGCUAAGAGAGCCUCUCCUUCCAUCGGGACCUGGCAGUACACGUCCUUUGAGGAUCGCCAUCAGAGGCUCUUCCGAGAGCGAAUCGGAAGCAUCAGACGUGGAUACAAAGCAACAACGCUACCGACCCGGCAAGGGUCGACCAUCUUCCCGAAAGAACCAAGCAGAUGUGAUUGACGAAAUUCACCUCUAUCCCGCACCUCCUGCCAAGGCAGGCUGGGGUCCAUGGGCCAAUCGUCUUGCGUUUGGCAAGUAUCGAGACAAGACAGCCAUUGCCAGCUUCGCCGCUGCCAUCGGCACAGUCAUUCUCAUCGGUGCCUACUUGAGCUGGGGCCUUCGAACUCCGUCGCAGCCAAAGUCGCCAAAGACACGUCCAUCGUCUUACUACACCAUCACUCGAUCGCUGCCUAUUCUGAUCUUGCUGACAUUGCUCUCCUUCGCGGCAGGUGUAGCAAAUCUCGUCUUGCUUCGCAAUCUGAGCCGCUUCGGUGGUGCCAAAGUGCUGCGCACCGGUUUAAUCGGCCUUCCAAUCGUCCUAGGUCUCGGCUGGGUGUGGGCGUUGGCCGGAAGCUUCAUCUAUGACGACGAGGCUUGGUCUGGCGGAGGCUGGAGCACCACAGGUCUGCGUAUCAUUUCGAUUGUCCCUCUGGCACUUGCGAUCCUCUUUGCUCGCAUGGUUUGGCAACGUAGAAAAGCACUCUCGCGAUCCAUUGCAGUACUUGAGCUGUCCUGCAACGUGGUUCUCAUGCACCCCGCGCUGCUGGUCCUUGCUCUUGCAUCACUCGGAGCCUUCGCGUUGGUGACCAUCCCGUUCCUCUUCCUCUUCACAAGGCUAUUCCUUGUGGGGCACUUUGGUCGGCAGGUGGGCGACUCGAUGGAGUGGCAGACAGACACCAAGGCUGCAUGGCUCGCUUGGGCGACGCUGUGCGCCUGGUUGUGGACCUGGGCCGUCUUACGCGGUGUACAAAGAGUGACCGUCGCCGGUGUCGUCAGUCACUGGUACUUUCACCGUAUCGGCGAAGGCGACGCAGCAGGAGGAUACGCCCAACCGAACUCCGGCCCGUCUACAGGUGCAGCCGCGGGGCCUUCUGGCACAGCUGAUCCCCAACCCCUCUCCGCUGACAAGCGCCGAGCAGAUGAAGACCACUCCAACAACGCCGUCUUUGAUCAAGACGACGACUCGAUCUACGGCGAGCCGCCUGCAGCCCCCGGAUCCUACCCUCAGCAAGGCACUCGCAACACAGCACGUCGACGUGCGGCGCCAAAUCCGACCGAGGUGGUGCGCGUCUCCUUUGCUCGAGCCACCGGACCAGCACUCGGCUCAAUUUGCAUGUCAGCUCUCAUCCUGGCCAUCGUGAAGACGAUGACUUUGGUCGCAGAGACAGCGCGCCGAAUUUCGGACGCCACGACAAAUCGGAGGGUGCCCAAGAUCUUGCAGCCUCUUAGGCACAUUGUCGGUCUGCUUGCAGGUCUCAGUGCGGUUCUUCAGAGCUACAGCGAUCUUGCGCUGAUAUAUGUCGGUGUUACGGGAGACGGAUUCUGGACAGCCGCCAAGAAAAGUGCACAGCUCGUCAGCAGACGGGGCGUGCAUGGUGUGAUGGAGGGUCUCGUCAUCAAUCUGAUGUUGGAUUUAACUGCUAUUGCGCUGUCAUUCCUUGCUGGCUUGGUUGGCUUCCUCUUCUCGGCACAUCAGCUGCAUGUCCCUGCGGAUGCUCCGUUGGUCGGGCUGCUGUGUGCAUUGCUGCCUUACUGGACACUACGACUCUGUGCUGAUGUCUUGAGUAAUGCUUCGGACACGCUAUACCUCUGCUAUGCCAUCGACCAUGCAUCGAACGAUGAACACUGUCCUAAAGCAGCCCAAGCUUUCACGGCAAAGCCAACGGACAUGUCCGAGUCUAUUUUGCCGUUCUGA